UAUACGUUGCGGCCGUCGUGCUCGUGCGGGAGGAUGGAGGACGCCUCGCUGGGGCGCGUGGUCGGCUGAGGGGUGGCGUCCUUGCCGGCGACAGAGAUGGCUUCUGCCGCGACGGAGGAUGAGAAGGCGGCCGCCGUGCUCGUGCCGGAGGAUGGAGGACGCCUAGCCAAGGCGCGUGCUUGGGUGAGGGUUGGCGCCCUUUUCAGCGGCGGAGAUGGCGGAGGACGCGGCGGCGGAGAUGGCUACGACGCAUCCAACCGCCUCCACCAGCCGCCGGGAACCAUGGCAUGCAAUGCCCGGCCACCGCGCUCCUAUAGACUGCCACAUCACAUCCUUACCACAACUACAACCCCGCCACUGCCUGCAUCGGGCAUCGACGUCGUUUUGCCGUGAGGCCAAAGCAGCACCACCGCCCUCCGGCUCCUGCUGGCGACCGCGGCCUUCGGCCUCUAGCUGCAACAACACUGCAUCCCCGCGCGAUGGCCUUGCUGUCUCAUCUCCUCUCUCCAAUGUCUGGUUCUGAUGCUAGCGUGAUGUGUGUGUUGAUGGAUCUGAUGCAGACCAACGUGAAUGAACUGAUUAGUUUGACUUUUGUGCAUCCGUACCUGAAAAUUCAGCUCUAUUUCAGGUCAGUUAGUAAUCAGGAUUCAGGAUAUCCAUCAAUGUAUCAGCCCGGAAUGUGGGACAGACGGGGUUGCAACCGGGAGUCUGGCGUCUGCACGCCAUUGCGCCUGCAAGACACCGAGAUGGACCCGCUGUGGACUGCAUCCGCAGUGACGCACUGGCCAGGCCGACAUUGGGCAGCGACCGAGUCUGCAGAGUUUACCAAUUAGAUGGUUGUGGCAAGAACCGGAUCAUGUAUGUUAGGCCAUUACUUUACUUGAUGGAGAUCGAAGUACUCAUGGUUAUAUUUGUGGUUACAAUUUGUUAGAAGUAAUACUGAUUUGCAGCCAUUCUCUUUAUUAUUAUAUAAAUCAUGUAUUUACUCAUCGACAAUAUGGUCGAUCAUUUUUUGAAUUUGAUGUAGUCAUCAAUUUGAUCUGAAUGGUAGCUUACUCUCACCUUUUUUUUCACUGCCGACAUUCUUUAAAUUACAUGUCUUUCCUCUGAAUCUGAUUUACAUGAACAGAGCAAGAUAAGCAGACCUACUUAAGUUCAUGUUCUUUG